AUGGCUCGGAAGGGGUAUGCACCACUGCCCAGCCAUGAUGGGCAGACGUCGGAACAGCCGAUCGCUUCGACCUCAUCGUCAUCGUCGUCACCGGCAGCUCCGAGAACAAGCGCCGGCGACGAUCGUGGUGCACAGUCCGCUUCGCACGGCUCAUCCCCACAAACCACCUCGACAACGACCACAACAGCGCAACAUGUCGAUCUGAUGUUCAAGAAAUGGACCACCGUAGUCAAGCACAAGAUGAGGCUCAGUCGAUCCGGCCAACGACGCGCGAACGCCAAGAGGAGAGCCCAGCACGACCUCGAUCGCAUUCAGCGCAGGGAUAGAAAACUCGCGGUGCCUAUCCUCGCGAGUGUGUUUGGGAGGGAUGGCGUCGGCAGUGAGGACGAGGGCAAGGCGCAGAGCGAGGGGGAUUGGGAGACGCUCGAUCAUGAACCGCCCCUGUCCGACGAGGCCUUCAACGAGUCAGUUUGCGGCAACGAGCUCGGUCGAGUACAUACCGCCUUCCUUGGGCACAGAGACUGAUCCACUGACAAUCCUCCCAUCUCCAGGCUCGUCGACCAAGUGAGGGAAGCCAUCUCGCUCAACGUCCAACCACGCCUCAACUCCAAAGGGUCAUCAGGCUCCUAUUUCGCCAAGGACAAGCACUCCCACACCUUGGCCAUUUUCAAACCCAAGGACGAGGAACCCUAUGGUAAUUUGAACCCGAAACUUACCAAAUGGUUGCACCGCAAUUUCUUUUCGAGGAUCAUCGUGAGUGGUGACUUGCACCGGGAAAAGCUCGACCCUUUGCGCAGACGUGACUACUAACGUGGCCCUCGUCUCUUUUUUUCAGCCCUUUGGUCGCGCGUGCUUGAUCCCCCAACUUUCGUACCUCUCUGAAUCGGCCGCAUCGUUGAUGGACCGUCGUCUCGAAACGCACAUCGUCCCACCGACCCAAGUCGUCCCCCUCUCCUCCCCCGCCUUCUUUUACGACUGGAUCGACCGCGAGCGCGCCCAACGCCAACGCCAACCCGUGCCUUUACCUGACAAACCAGGCAGCUUCCAGGUGUUCUUGAAAGGCUUCAAGGACGCGAGUGAUUUCUUGAGGGAGUUUCCUUUGCCGGGAAGACCGGAGAGUCAGACGAUGGAUCGGAGGAGUUAUAGAAAGGGCAGGGGGAAUUUGCUGGGACCUUUGAGAUGUCUUUGUGGGAGGGUAGGGGCGGACGUUGAUGACGAUGACGAGGAAGACGAAGAUGGGGAGGGGGAGCCGCAUCGCUUAUUGGACAGCGAAGCUCCGAGUCGACGAGGCACCUUUGGGUUCCUCAGUGGUGGCGCAUCGACAACCCCCGACGACGAAACGGGCUUCAAAUGGACCGAAGAGAUGCUGGAAUCCUUCCGCGAGGAACUGGAGAAACUCGUCAUUCUCGAUUUCAUCAUACGCAAUACCGAUCGUGGGCUGGAUAAUUUCAUGAUCAAGCCUUGCCUGUGCGCUGAGGAGGGGAGAGAGGAGAGAUCAUGGGGGAAGAAGCAGGAGGGGAUGCUGGGGGUGCAUGGAUCGCGGACGAAGGCGAUGGCACCGACGACGGAACCGCCGAGCGCACAACCGCCCAUGACGGAGAUCAAUGCUCGAAAUAGGAGGAAGUCGCAUGUUGCGAACCAAGGGGGGACGGCGUCGUUGUCGGAAUCGGAAACGGAGGCCGCCGCCACCGUGACUCGCCCCCACCUUCACAUCGCCGCGAUCGACAACUCGCUCGCAUUCCCCCAUAUGCAUCCCCUUGGGUUCCGGACCUAUACUUACGGCUGGCUCUACCUACCUCUCACACUCAUCGGUCAACCCUUCACCACCAAAACUCGACGCCACUUUUUACCUCUUUUGACGGACCCGGAAUGGUGGGCCGAGACGACCCUCGCUCUGAGGAACGAGUUUGCGAAGGACGGCGAGUUCAGAGAGGACAUGUUUCGGAAGCAGAUGGCGGUGAUGAAGGGACAGGCGUAUAAUGUCGUGCUGAGCUUGAGGAGUGAGGAGGAUGGUGAGUCGCUUCCUCGCGACGGGGACUGCUUGAGUAGGAGCAGUGGGCUGACGUUAAACUUUGUUUUCACAGGCCCGAUCGAGUUGUGCCGAAGACCGAAGAAACUCGUCUGGGACGACCUCAUCGAAGUCGCCGACCACGUCAUCACCGAUCAGCUCCUCGCUUUCACCGCCGCGGGUGCUUCCGCGAAUACCGCAGCUCGUGCAGCCGGCAUCGGCAACGCGAGUCACGCAUCGGGCCAAGAGGAGGACGAUCGUGCGCCGACUCCGCCGCUUCAACAGGCUUCCCCACCGCCGAUGGAAUCGAUCACCACACCUCCGAGACCUUUGUCACCUCUACUCGAUGCCUCUUCGGCACCGACAUUCGCGUUCGAACCGAACGUCACGCGCAAUGCAAUCGCAGAGCAGAGCGAAGGGUCGGUCCUGCGACCGGUCCCAUUACAACGCGUCUCGACCGGUGCGGCCUCGAACAAGACCGUUCCCCUUUCGGCUGAACCGGUCACGACACCCAUCGCGAUGCCUUCCCCCGCUCUAUCGACGACGCAUUCCAUGUCGAAUUCGAUCACGAGGGGGAAAGGUCACAAGGCGAGUUCGUCGAUCUCGUCGGUGUUGGGAUCCUUUCCCGAGGAGAUUAAGGGGAUCAUGAGGGGGGUGGAUGCGGUUGAGCAGUUGGAUCGGAGGGAGGGGAACGCACGGGGUCAGAGAGGAGGGGGGCUCAGAGAGGUUUUGGAUGAACACGAGGAGGAGGAUGACCAAGUCGAUGAAGAGGACGAUGUUGACGCCGAGGGACCGACGUGGGGCGUGCAAUCGGAGAAUGAUAUACGGCGCCCUGCGAGUCGACCCCAGUUGGGAGGAAAGAAGGGAUCGUGGAAGGGAGUGUGGACGAGUACGCAUAGGAAGAGUGGGAGUUAUAGUGAUGCGCGGAGUUUGGGAGUGGGCGGAGGGAGGAUGAGGAGUGGGUCGUUGGAUAUGGGACGGGGUGGAGGGGGGAGGGGGUCGAGUGAGUGGGGCGGAAGGAGGAGUGGGGAGGCUGGGAGGCUGUCGGGUUCGGACGGUCGGAGGGGAGCGAGUGAAGCUUUGUUGGAGGAAGGUGAUGAGGAGGGGGCAGAGGAGGAAGAAGGGUUGAAGACCAGGGUCGUGGUGGUGGAGAGGCUGGAGGUCUUGAGGGAGCGACCGAGGACAUUCAUUUGGUGCUGA